CGGUGCCAACACAUGUUCUCAGUGUCCGAGCUCCGGCUGCCGGGUGUGUGCGGGGCCGGCGGGUUGGCACGGCUCCUGGGCAGGUACAGUGAUGGCAUCACCUGCUGACCUCAUAUACAGGACCACGGGCUCCACUAUACUGCACCCACUGAGCGAACUGCUACACCUGUCCCUGGACCAGGUAAACUUCGUAGUAUGCCAGCUCAUCGCCCUUGUGACUGCAGUGUGGUUUCGCAUUUACCUGAGCCCAUGUCACGCACAUACAGCGGUUCGCCAUGCAUUUGCCACUGUUCUUGGUGGCUACUUUGCAAUAUUUUGCUUUGGAUGGUACUCUCUCCACAUAUUCACAAUGGUCCUGGUGUCUUACUGUAUCAUGGCAAAAGCAAGAAUUGAAAAUGUGCAUAGAUAUUCAUUUGUAGUAGCCAUGGGAUAUCUUAUUGUGUGCCAGAUUAACCGAGUAUAUAUAUUUAACUAUGGAAUUCUCUCCACUGACUUUUCUGGACCCCUGAUGAUUCUAACACAGAAGAUCACAACUUUGGCCUUUCAGCUGCAUGACGGUAUGGCAAAGAAUUUGGAAAUGCUCACUCAUGAACAAAGGCAAUACUCUGUGAAGAAGAGACCAACUUUUUUAGAACAUCUGAGCUACCAUCUCAAUUUCAUGAGUGUUCUUGCAGGACCAUGUAGUCAUUUUAAGGAUUAUAUUGCAUUCAUUGAAGGGAGCCAUAUACAAUCAAAACUCCUGGAUGUUAAAUUGAACAUGAAUGGGCACUAUAAACGUCCAAAUCCAUCUCCAACUGUAGCUGUCUUUUCAAAGCUUGGCUUCUGUGGAUUGAUGGUCAUCUUGUUCCUCACAUUCACAAAGGCUUUCCCAUUUUCAAAAAUAAUAGAUGAUACAUUUAUUAGUGAAAUCCCCUUAUAUAUGAGACUGAUUUAUCUCUACAUUGCAAUACAAGCUUGCAAACCGAAGUACUACUUUGCCUGGGUGUUGGCCGAUGCAGUGAACAAUGCUGCAGGAUAUGGCUUUAAUGGUGUGGAUGAAAAAGGAAAUGAUCGGUGGGAUUUAAUAACCAAUCUCAAUAUCUGGAACAUUGAAGCCUCAACAAGCUUUAAAAUGUACAUUGACAACUGGAAUAUUCAGACUGCGGCCUGGCUAAAGAGGAUUUGCUAUGACAGGGUCCCAAGGUACCGAAGUGGUAUGACAUUUUUGUUGUCUGCCCUGUGGCAUGGCCUGUAUCCAGGAUAUUAUUUUACAUUUUUUACAGGGAUCCCAAUGAUGCUGGCUGCACGAGUGGUCAGAAGCAACUUUAGACAUUUCUUCGUUUCUUCGAAGUCUCGUAAAUGUCUGUAUGACAUAGUCACGUGGAUGGCUACACAGCUAGCUGUCUGCUAUACAGUUACCCCUUUUGUUUUGCUGGCAAUCGAACCGUCAGUUAAAUUCUACAAGUCGGUAUAUUUUUAUUUCCAUAUUGGAAUUUUCCUUGUACUCGUUCUCCUGCCAGUCAAACCAUCAAAACGGAGUCAAAAGCAACCGAGCAAACAAACGUCCCCGCAUUCAGCAAACCAUGUGAAAGAGGACUAAUACAGACUGGAACAAGGGCAGAUGUGGACCAGUGAAGCUUCUGAAGGAUCAAUCCUCGCAGAAUUGUUACUUCUCUAAAUGGUUUCUAGAUGUUGUUUGCCAAAGAAAGAAGAGAAAGAAAAGAAAAUCAUGCCGCUAUAUAUUGUAGAUAAAAGAUUCUUUUUGUAUAUAAAGGAUUAUUAUUAUUAUUUUUUUUACAUAAUCUUUUUAACACACCAACAUUUUCAUGUUUUAUGUUUUUUUGUUUUUUUUAAAAUAUCUAAAUUCUUUGCCAAUGUGCAAUACCAUGGUGCAGUUACAGCCACUCUCAAAUCACAUGUUCCUGGUUUUACAGGAUAUCCAGUUUAUUGACCGUUAUUUCCCUACAAUAAACACAAUAACUAGAUUUAAUUAAUUU